CGGGGCGUCGUUGACGUGGCCGACGUUUUUUAAUGAACCGGGGCGAUUUAAACUUCUCCGGGGAUAUUUUUGUGUUUUGCUUGUUUCUAAGACGCUUGGAAACGUCGGCCAUGUCCGCGAAGCUGAAGAGCCGAAGCGCGGCGAACGCGGACUCUUCGGGCUCCGUGUCGUGCGACGAGCGCAUCCUGCGCGACUGUCAUCACAUUUACACGGAGGGGAGCAGCGGGCUCAUUGCUCUCGCCAGCUCGGUGGGGGUCGCUCUACUCCCCCCCAGGAAGAAGAUCACAGUCAUAUUGAUGGGGAACCAUUCAGCUGGGAAGAGCUCCUUCAUCAACUGGUACGUGGAGGAGCACAUCCAGCGAACCGGAGUGGCUAUCGAGACCCAAGGCUUCAGUUUCGUCACCAGCGGGCGCAAGAGGGAGAGUCUCACGGGGAAUGCAACGCUUCAUUUGUACCCUCACUUCAAACCUCUGCAAGAGUUCAAAGGGGUGUCGGAGUACCUGUGCACGGAGAUCUGCACCUCCCGGCAGAAGCGCUUCAGUUUGGUCACCUUUGUGGACACGCCUGGCCUUGUUGAUGGGGACAUGAAGUACCCGUUCGACGUAGACCAAGCAAUACUUUGGCUGGGCAAGCUGUGUGACCUGAUCCUCGUUUUCUUCGACCCGAUGGGCCAGGCGCUGUGCAAGCGCACCCUCAACAUUGUGGAGAAACUGAACGAGUCCCAGGGAGACAAGCUUCGGUUCUAUCUGUCCAAGGCAGAUGAGGCUGGAACCGACUCGGACCGACAGAGGGUGAUGAUGCAGAUCGUUCAGGAGCUGUGCAAGAGGCCAGGGCUCAACAAGUGCGGAUUUGACAUGCCCACCAUAUACAUCCCAAACUCCAACAAGUCCAGUCGCUGCGUGAACCAGAUAGACGAGGUGUGCAAAACCAUUGAGAAAACCAUCAACCAGACAGUGCAGAACACGCUGAACACGCUGGAGAAGGACUGCGAGGUCAUCAGCCAGGCCAUCGUGGACACCCUCACAGCAGACAGACUGAGCAGCGUGGAGAACCGGAGAUCUUGGUGCAAGGGCUGCUUCCUGGGGCUGCUGGGCUUCUGCAUGCCUCUGCUCCUUGUGGCUGUCCUGUUACUGGGGAGCGUGUUGAAGGAGGUGCUGAAGAGCGCACUGGGACAGAGCAUCUCGGAUGUGCUUUUGUUCUACUUGGAUUGGUUGAAAAGCACGUUUGAAUCCUUCACAGUCCAGCAGCAGCUCUACUGCUUCGGGGGCCUCAUCUUGCUGUCCUUCACGCUCCUCUUCCUGGCGCGACUCUUCUUCCGGACCCGUCCCACCCUCACAAGCAGACAGAAGAGGCAGCUGCAUGAGAAACUAGAGUUCGUGCAGGACGUCGUGAAGAACAAGAAGAAGAAGCUCUACGAGGAGUACCUGCGUCAGAGUGUAGGCGACCACGACAUGGCUUGAAGAUGCAGGGCAGAACAAGGGAAGACUGAAGAUGAUGAGCAGCACGCAGAAAGCAGUGCACCCAUUGCACACAGAAGUGUGUUCCUUUGUCAAGAGUGCAUUUCACACCAGGCUUUUCCAUCGUUUCUUCCGAUUUGUGUUUUCAGACCACAUCGUCACAAAAGUAUUUCAUGUCUCUUUGCUGUUGAAGAACUGAAGACGUUUCUGUUGUGUUCUUGUGUAAAACUGCAGUUGCAGACUUUUCAGUGAACAGAAUUUUUGAGGAGCUUCUACUGGUACUAAAUCACCGAUGACCUGUUUUCUACCGGUGCUGCCACUUUCUGCAGUUUUUAUCCAAGAAUAACACUUUUUAUGAACAACUUAGGAUUUCCUACUUGCUGCUGUAUUUUUUUUUUUUUUUUUUUUUAUUAU